AACAUAUCAAUCAACAAAACCUCAUCUUUGAUUCUUGAUUUGAUUUGAUUUUGUAAGCCAAAAAAAUGGGUGUCAUGGAGAAGAAACUUCGUUCACUAAAAUGCGAAGUGAGUAUAGUAGAAGCAAGAAACGUAGAGAUCAAGUCACAAGCUAGUACUCUGUUCGUUAGAUUCUAUCUCUCUGCAGGACACAACAGAAAGAUCGAAGUAAACACGAGAGAGAUCUCCUCGAAAUCAGACCAACUCAUGUGGGAUCAAUCUUUUGGUCUCGAGUGUCAAGGGGACGAAGCAGCAGUCAAAGAAUUGAAGCAACAGAGAGUUGUUUUCGAGCUACGGAGGAAGAAAACGUCGUCUUUUCUUAGGAAAUCAUCGAAAUCUGAGGUUGUGGGGAGAGGAGAGGUUUCAUGGGAAUCGGUUUUUGAGUCGCCGGGCAUGGAGAUUGAAAGAUUUGUGGUGAUGGGUGAAUCGAAAAACCGGGUUUCAGGAGAUGAAAAACCUAUGUUGUUGAAGAUAGCUUUAAAGGUCCAAGCUUUAGAAGAAAUGGAGAAGAUUUUGAUCAAGAAAACAGAGAACCAUUGUUGUGUAUGUCGUAGUAGAGAUUGUGGAAGUGGUAAUUGCUUAGAUUAUGAAGCUUUUGCUUUAGCUUGUGCUUUAGAUUGUAUUUAAAGAAAGAAAAACAGAUUUUGAUU